AUGCCUGUAGAUAAAACAAACUCUGAGUCAGAUCAAAUACAAAAUCAGGAUACCACGGGAAUUCAUGAUGAAGACUACACUGGCAAAACUGAUUCUAAUACACUAGAAGCUAUUUCAACAGAAGCGGGACAUGAAGAACAAAAGACAAGAGAAGAAAUUGGAAUGGCCAGUUUGCAAGGUAAAGAAACAAAACAUAGUAUAUCUGGACCAGAUCUUUUAUAUAGAAACCCAGUUCUGGUACCAGAACCCAAUACCAACACUUCUGAUAUCCCUGAAAAACAUGAUGGUGAUCAUUUUGAAAGUUGGCCUGAAAUGUCAACCACAGCUAAAAAGGAAAUCAAGGGACAUUUAGAGGACACAGAGAGUGACAGUGACCAAUUAGACCAUGGGACUAUUAUCACACUGAAUGAUGGCAAUGAUACACCAGUGUUGUCAAGAAGCUCAUCGGGUCUCACUUCUGUCACUGACACUGACAUGGCUUCAAAUAUUGGCACAGGUCCUCCAAGGAAUUCUCUCUCUGGGACAAGUUCUCCUGUGUCAAUUAGCUCUUCAUCUUCUGACGAGUUAAAAACAAAUAUUGAACAUAAGAUAAAUUCCGCUGUAGAAUUUUCUAGUGUUGAGAAAAAUCUCCAUGCUCGAGGCAUAGAAGAUCUUGAAACAAAUGAACAAAAGUUUCUGUUGCAACCACAGCAAGAUGAUGCCAGAGCUGAUGGUCAUGAAAAUGGUGGUGAAAUGGUAUUGGAUAAAAAUAAAGCUCAAAAUACACCUGUUUUCACAGCUGAUACUUUGCAUAAUGAAAUUGUAAACCCGUCUGCAAAAGAAGCUCAAUUAAUAGAAUAUGCUAUGACCAAGCAAGAUGAAAAAAUUGAUGCUUCAACAACUGCAGCACCCCAUUGCUUGGAACCUAAUGAGGGGAAUAUUUGUAGUGGUAAUGACAAUGUGCUCUACUCUCAGAAUGGAGAUUCUUCUUUGCCUGAACAAGAGGUAGCCUUGUAUGAGAAAGCGGGACAACAGGAGAAUGUGGUUCUUGACCAUAGCAUGUUAGAGACAGAAAGGCAGGGUCAAGCCGGCAGUGUCAGGGGGGAAGAUUUGGCAAUAUGCGAAGUAGGUAACCAGGGGACAGUUGAAGAUGUGGGAGCUGAAUCAGGUGCUGCUGUUGUUGAAGCGGCCAGGGACCCAGACCUCCAGUGUGCAUCUCCUGACAGCGGCUUGCAUGGAUCAAUAUCAAACUUCAGCAGGGAGAACACUGAGGAAAACACUGCAGUCAUUCCUGAAAGUAAAAUAGAAAUCACCAGACAAGAGGUGAAUGCAGGACAGAGGACGGAUCUUGAUGUAGACACCAAGAUGACACCAGACAAUGAACAGAUACAGUCUCCAUUAGAGGCGUAUGCUAAUAAUGCUAAUGAGGAGUUAAAGCAUGAAGAAAGACAUGGGAAUGUGAAUGAAGAAAAUACAAAAGAAAUCAAUCCCUCAGGGCCUACUGAAUUCAGUUCAAGACUUCAGCAGCAGAAGAAUCCAAGAAAGACAUGCCUAAGGACAACAUGGCCCACAGAUUGUACUAAAAAUAGUAGUACUGAGGAAUCUGGCAACAGCAUUGGACAAACUGACCAAGAGCAAUUUGAUGUUGCACUUCGAUUUGCCUGCAGUCUCAUCAAACCUGAUUGUAUUUUUAGCCUGGCUACCAGUAAUGUGAGGAAGCUGACUUUGCCAAGGGCGCCUCCUCCUGGGCUAAAUCUGUCAAAAUUGGUAACCUGUUUAACACACACUCAGGAAAUAGAUCUCUCAGGAAACAAUCUAGGACCACAGGGAUUCAGGGCAGUUAUACUGUCUUUAUGUCAGAAUACCACCAUUACCAGCCUCAACAUUGCUAAUAACAUGACAGACACAGAUUGUGCUGUUUCUGUUGGAAAAUUACUUGAGAGCAAUGCUAGUCUGAUAACUCUGGAUUUAUCUGGAAAUCAUCUUGGAAAAGACUUUUUCUCUAGGUGUGCAGGUCCAGCAAUGAAAACUAAUACAUCAUUGAGGUCUCUGAAGUGCCAAAGUAUUGGAGCAACUGAUUUAACAGUAUUUUUUGAGAAUGUUCUAAACAACUCGACCUUAGAGGACAUAGACUUCAGUCACAACGAAAUGACCAAUGGUAUGGCAGUCAGUCAACUGUUAGGAGACUGGAUUAAGGGAUCCAGCUGCAAGCUAAGAAGCCUUCAGCUGCGAAACUUUGGGUUGAAGGGGGAUGCAAUGAAGCCGCUGAUGCAGGCUGUGGCAGCUAACUCUAGUUUAGAGGAACUCAAUGUGGGGAUGAAUGAGUUUACGUCGUCAACAGAUUUCAUGGAGAGUCUGUGCAUUUGUGUGAACCACAAGAAGUUAACCAGACUGGUAUUGGAUGACUGUAAAUCAGUGACAGUAGAAGAAUGGACAGCAGCUGAAACACCUUCUCCCAUAGAAGCCAGCCCUCUGUCAGUCCUCAGUCUCUCUAACUGUAGUUUGAAUGACCAGCUUCUGUCCAGCUUAGCAUCAGCUUACUCUGGAAGACUUGUACAUCUCAGGGAUGUCUCCCUCAACAGCAAUGCCAGUAUUACUGAGAAAGCACUUCAAUACGUGGAAGAUCUUUCAACUGAGAAAGAUUCCACAGGCAGCAGCUUGGAACGUCUGUCAGUUGGAAUGAACAAUAUGGAAAACCUCCCAGCAUUCCUCUGUAGUACAGUACGUCUGCCAAAACUGAAGUAUCUGAAUCUCAGGAAGGCCACUAUGAGCCCUGCAGCUGUUGGAAAGCUGGCACCUGUCCUCACCAGUGGCAGAAUCUCAACUCUUGUGAUUGAUGGCAUAAAACUCUCAAAAAGUAAUGCAUUAAGUGAGAUAUUAAGUGCAGGCCCAAGCAGUAGUUUGAAUGCUCUCAGUCUGAGUAGUUGUGCCAUAGAUGAUGAGGAUCUGAAGCCUCUCUGCAGUGCUGUGAGGGAUGGUCUUCCUCUGCACAUGCUCAAGUUGUCUAACAACAGGUUCUCUGAUGCAUUUGUGGAGGACAUGGUGGGUGCUUUGGUGUCGCAGACAACUCAUCCACUGGCACUCAUUGAUGCCUCUGUUAAUCAGAUCAGUUCAGCUGGAGCAAUGAAGUUGUGUGAACUUUUCACCUCAAGUUCACACCAGACAAAUAUCCACUCACUCAACCUAAGCAACAAUAACAUAGAUCACCAAGGUGUUAAGGCCUUGGUUGGCUGUGUUGGGAAGACUAGCUUGACCAGCUUACACCUGAACAGCCAGUCCAAGUCGUGUGAGGAAGAGGAGAUGGACGAGGUGCUCACUUCACUGGCACAGGCUCUAGGUCUGACAGUGCAGGGAUCAGGAGAAGCUGUGGUAGAAGCAUGCAGUGACCUGCCUAAAGUAAAUGUGGGACCUUAUACUGUGGUACAGCUCAACAACCUGGGGGGUAACACAGGGCAUAUGGGAAGCAUGUUGGACUGUUCAGCAAUAUCCACAGACUAUAAGAAGAAGAAAUUGCCACAUUUAUCUUUUCAUCAUGCAUUGCAACUAGCCUCUGCAUUCAAAGGUUAUGAUUCUCCAGAAUGUUUACUGUCCAGUGAUGAGUGGAAUAUGAUUAUUGGAGCAGAUAAAGAAGCCCCAUCAUGGUUGCAGAUUGCUGACCACAGAGAUACUGCAGUGCAUAUGAGCCAGCUCCCAGCCAGUAUCACAGUCCAGAAGAUGGAGGGGAUUCUGGAGAUGGAGGCUGACUGUGAAGUGCAGGAGGUCUGCCUCAUGAAGGAUCCUAUAAAUAGAAAGAAUAACGGACUAGCAUGGGUACUGCUGGCUGAUAAGGUUUCAGUGGAAAGAGCAGAGAAGUUUUUCAACAGUGGAGAGGCAUUGGUAUUUGGCCAGGCCUUCAUGCUUAGCAGAGUUGCAGUGAAGAUUGAUGACCAAGCCAAUACUGAAGCUGAGAAAGUGGCAAGACUGGAUAUGGAGAGACGUAUUCAGGAGAGGAGGGCUGCUGAGAGGGAACAUAGGACUUUGAUUCAAACUAGCUAUGCCACAUCCCAGGCAAGACAUGCAUACAUGUUGGCAAACCCAGCAUAUGCUGAUGGUAGGGUGUGGUAAAUAUGAGGGCAAAGUAAUUUAAGUUGCUUUGUACUUUCUAAAGGUACAUUUGUGACAUGAACAUGUAACAGAAUGAAAAUAACAAAAUUGUGACCAUCUGAAGUCCAAGUGAUAAGAACUUGAUACCUAAGAAUUAUGCAUAAAGAUACGAUUCUAAUCACAUAAAACACUAUUACAAUAAUUGUAUUUUAUACUUAUUCAGACCAGCUUGCAAAAUUUUAGGUUCUUUAAUGCAGUCUUGUUUUUACUGUAUUGCAUGAAAAAAAAACACAGUGUAUUUAUGUAAUCAAAAGUAAGAUAAAGAAAUGACAGUCGUAAGAGUAUGAAUUAUUCUAUGAACUAUUUGUUCAUGAGAUUUCAUAAAAUUAUAUGUAAGGUUAAUUAAUACACCUAAUCCCCUGCUACAUGUUAUUGCAAUGAAACUGUCUUAAUAAAAGAUCAAUAUUAGUAAAAUUACUUUUAAAGUUGGAAAUUGAGCAAGAUUUUGAUAGUUGUAGUUUAUUGCAAUAUGUGUCUCAUUGGUUAAACAUAUAAACAUAGAUAUAUUAUUAUUGUGACCUUUGAGAAUGAUGUAGGUUUUACUGUGCUCUAUGUGUGAGACAUUAAAAUUUUUGUAGGUUUAUUGAAAGUGUACUUAUUUGUUAUUUAAAAAUUCAGAUAUCAUGAUUUUGUGCCAAUUUGACAGUCUAGUAUGGUUGAAUUCAUGUGUUGGCAUAGUAAGAAUCCUAUGGUUAACAUUGAUCUCACUUUGGUGAACUUAAGCAGCAGCUGUGAUAAGUGCCAAUACUUUUAAAGUGCCAAUAUUUAUACGUAGCAGAGAAGCAAAUUGAAUGAAUCAAUAAACAUGUU